AAAUAAGAUUGUUAUUAUUUUAGUUAAUCAUAACACAAUUUAGUAUUUAUUAAAAAAAAAAAAAAGAAAAAAAAAUUUAAAAAAAUAAAUUUUUUAAUUUUUUUUAAUUUUUUUAUUUUAUUUUCUUUUUAUUUAUUAUCGUUUUGUAUAUAAUUUUUUUUUUUAUAAAGCUAAAAUCAUUAUAAGUUCACCCAAAAUAAAUUCCAUAUUUAAAAGUUAAAUAAUUGACUAAUGACAAUUAUAAAAUUGUAAAAUUAUUAAAAAAAAAAAAAAAUAUAUAAUUUAAAACUUCAUAAAUAAAUAUUACAUAAAAUAAAAUGAAUAGUAAUAUUAAAAGCGAAGUUUUAGAUCAAGAUAAUGAAUCUCCAAUACAAUCACCAAGAAUAAUUAAUAUUGUUAGUAAAAAUAAUAAUAAUAAUAAUAAUAAUAAUAAUAAUAAUAAUAAUAAUAAUAAUACAGGCACACCAUCAAAACUGAACCAAUCCGAUGAUUUUAAUAACUCUACAUUUGUUAAUAAUCUUUUGACUGGAUUAAAAACUAGAUCACAAAGCGACCCCAAGCAACUGCAACAACACAAUAGUAAUGGUUUAAAUAUACCAAUAACUUUACCUCAAUCACCUAUUCAACCUAUACCAGUGUCACCUACUACUAUAAUGUUUAAUCAAUCACAACAAUUAGUUCAAAAUAGUGCUCAUUAUGAAGAUAUACAUCCAGAUUAUUUCUAUUCACAAUUAAAUAGUAUUACACAUGCAAAUUUUAAUGGAGCAAUACCUACUUCGCCUGGACCACAACAAUCAAUGGCUAAUACAAACAAUACCACAACACCUUUUAAUAAUGAAAUCUUUAACAAUAAUGUAAAUAAUAAUAACAAUAAUAACUUUAGUAAUAAUGUAAUUAAUAACAAUAAUAAUAAUAAUAAUAAUAAUAAUAAUAAUAAUAAUAAUAAUAAUAAUAAUAAUAAUAAUAGAGAAGCCAUAAAUACAGCAGAUGAUAGUGAUCAAGAAAAUGAGGCAGAUAAUAAUAAAAAUGCAAAGGAUGAAAAGUCAAAAGGUCUAAGAUAUUUAAGCUAUAAGGUUUGUCAAAAAGUUCAAUCUAAAAAAACAACAACCUAUAUAGAAGUGUCAAACGAAUUGUUAAGUGAAUUUAUCGAGGAAAAUAGAAGAUUGGGAACUUAUGAGGGUGAUGCAAGUUUUAAAACAAAUACAAUUAAAAGAAGAAUUUAUGAUGUACUAAAUGUAUUCCAAGCGAUGAAUAUAAUUCAAAAAGAUAAACAAAAGAUUAGUUGGUUAGGCCUCCCAAAAAAUUUCCCAAGUAAAUCAAAUAACAAUAACAAUAACAAUAAUAAUAAUAAUAAUAAUAAUAAUAAUAAUAAUAAUAAUAAUAAUGUUGAUAAUUACCAACAACAAACAUCAGAGUCACUAACACAACCAAUUGAAGAGCAACAAACCUCACAGCAAUCUACACAACCAAUCAAUUCACAAGAGUCACAAAGUGACUACAGUCAACAAACUGCAAAUGGUGAUUACAGCCAACAAACUGCAGGUGGUGAUUACAGCCAACAUUCUUUACAACCAAACAGACAACCUUCCAUCGCGAAACAAUUAGAAGAUGUUAAAGAAAGAAUUCAAGCAAAAAAGAGACAGCUACAGGAAUUAACACAACAAGAGAAUGACUAUCAAAAUUUACACAAUAGAAACUAUAUAUUAGAGCAAAAGAAAGAUGUCUCACUAAAGAAUAAAAUAUUUUUACCCUUCAUCGUUUUAAGCACUAACAACUCUACUGUAAUCAAUUGUGAAGUUGAAAAUCAAAGAUCAAAAUACUUUUUCAAUUUUUCUCAAGCUUUUAAUAUUAUAGAUGAUACAUCCUUAGUUAAAGAUAUAAUAGAAUUCAAUAAUCUCAAUGCCAUUAACACGGCCAUAGGAAAUAGAUCCUCUUCAAUGCCAUCAUUACACGCAACCACCACAACCACUACAACCACCACAACCACAACCACAGCUUCCUCUUCACAAGGUUUAAAAAAAAAAAGAAAAAAAGAUGAUUAAAAAUUUAUUUAUUUAAACAACCAAACAAUCAAACAAUCAAUCUCAAACUUUUAUUUUUUUUUUUUUAAAAUUUAAAUCAAUAAAAAAUAAAAAAAAUAAAAUUCUAAAAUGGGUAAUAAUAAUCCAAAAAAAACAUAAUUUAUAAAUAAUAAUAUUUUUCUAAUAUAUUAUUGCUUCUAUUAUUUUUUUUUCUUUGAUUAAAAUUGCCCCACAUUCC